UUCUUGGGUCAUGGCCAUCUUUUCUAAAUUAGCCUUACCACUCCAAUCGUCAUCUUGCCAGAAUUGGUGAGCAAUGGUAAGUAAAGUGCUACAUGCUGUUGCCUGGCCGCUACUGCAUCUUCCAAACACCGGCACUGAGUCUUCAUCUUCUCGCAGUUGAGGAACACAUGCUAAUAGGCUUUCUCCAAUAGCUCAAUGAUUCCAGACCAGUCUGAAUCUGCCUCGAUGGCUCCCACCGAAGCACCAAACACACCUACCACUCCCACCCUUCGACCUGAGAUCCUCGAUAUCACGAUCUCACUCUCCCCACCAAUAGGACAUGACAUUACACCCCCCGCGACACCGGAGGGACAUCCAACGUCUCUCUCUCCUGUCCCGCUACGCUACCCGGACACGUUGGGCACUGUCAUCGAGAUCCGAGACACCGAAGCAAAAGGUCUUGGAGUCUUCGCGCUACGCGAUAUAGAACCUGGCACUAUUCUCCUCAGCGAGGCACCUCUUGUCACCCUCAUCGACACCGGCUCACGUGCCGAUCCCCUGGACAUCGCAGUCAACGCGCUCUCGCCUCCCAAGAAAGCCUCAUUUCUAUCCCUCCAUCACUUCUCACGCAACAAAAACGAAUCCGUGAGUCGAAGCAUCGUCUAUAGCAACGGCUAUUCCAUCAAGGUUGACCUCGCAACGGGCGUCUUUGAGACAGCAUCACGCAUCAACCACUCGUGCGUCCCAAACUCGCAUUAUCUGUGGAAGGAGAGCAUUGGCAGGAUGGUAUUCUGGAAUCGAUUUAAGUUGUUGGAGGGUGAAGAGGUCACAGUCGAUUAUGGACAUAAGAAGAAGUAUUUGGAGAAGAUUUAUGGAUUUGAGUGUCAGUGUGGGGGAUGCACUGAUUCUGGUUCCGAUGCGAGGAGCAGUAGUGGGAGCGAAAGUGGUGGGAUUGAGGACAUGAGGAGUCUGGACGCUGCCAUUCACGAAAGUUUGGAGGGAAAGGACGGGAAUUGAGUUGGGGAUCAAAUGUGCUUGCCCAUCUAAAUUAGCAAGGCACGAGAAACUUGCACCCCCGUUCUUUCCAUUCAGGAUGAUUCCUGCACUUGGAGUACUGAAAAAUUGGGCCUGAGAUUGCAGUACAGUCCUUGCAAAACAGCUUCUAGCAGAUGCCGAAGACUAACAACAUCUGAAAGAUAAUUCACAAGUGA